AUGAUUCUUGGACGGCGAAAGGUUCUAUCGUGGCGGAAAGUGUACGGGGUUGCAACUGCUGGUGUCCAGAAUUAUGGAUCCGGCAGGUUGGCGAUGAUGGCGGCCAUCAAACAUACUACUACAAAGACUCAAAGUAUCAGCUCUAGAUUUUAUAGUACAGAAGACCAUAGAUCAUCAUUCAAUUUUGGGAAUAUUAGCGAGAAACUCAAUGAGUUAAAGAACGUUGCUGGAGUUAGUAAACGGGCUCUAAGGCAGCAAUACAAUGAGCAUUAUUAUCAACAAUACUAUCAAAAUCUCACAAAAGAACGUUCACAACGUUUCAAAAGAUAUUUUUCAAUCAUCUUGGCGGCAGUAGUAUCAUGGAUUGUGUUCUCAUAUGUCUACAAUAAGCAGAUUAAAGAAUUCAUUGCCAGGACAUUAGGUAAUUACAUCACCAAAAACUCGCGAUUUACCGUGAUUUUUGAAGAGGCAAGUAUAUUGCCAGGGUGGAACAAGAUCUAUUUUAAGAAAUGCUUUAUAUCAAAAAGACCCAAGAGUGCGAAGAAGUUUGUGAAGGGCAGUCAACAAGAUGCCAUAGAUAAUGCAGUAAAGGAGCAGGAGCUGGCGGUGGAAGACUACGAUGAUGGUAACUAUACACAAUAUGAUUUGACCAUCAAUGAAAUCAACAUGAGCAUUUCGUUUACGAAAUGGUUCAAUAGUAAAGGUAUUUUAAAGGACGUGGAAAUGAAAGGAGUGAGAGGAAUUAUCGAUCGAACCCAUGUCAAUUGGGAUCCGAACGACGAUGCAAGAAAUUACUUGAAUGUUCCAUCCCCAGGAGACUUUAACAUUGAAAACUUUCAAAUAGAGGAUUUCUUGGUGACAUUAUAUCAACCUGGGGGAUUCAGACCUUUCAAUAUCAGUAUUUUCAAUUGCCAACUAAGUAAAUUGAGACAAAAUUGGUUUUUGCUUGAUUUCUUGUCGGCAAACAACAUCAAUGGUUCUUACGAUGGAUCGCUAUUUACGAUAAACAAAAUAUUUGAUCAACAGAAGAAUGAUUAUUUCACAAGAUGCCGAAUUGACGGCUUAAACGUUGAUCAUUUGAAUGCUGGCAUGGAUGGGCCUUUGGGAUGGAUUGUCAAAGGAACAGUUGAUAUGUGCGGAGACAUUAGAGUUCCAAGAAAUAAUCAUAAGGUUCAAGAAUUUUUCAAGCUUAUCAAGGAUGAAAUGGCCGAAAACAUUUUCGGGUCGGAUAGCGCUAAUGAUGUUAGUGAAGAUUAUGAACGAGAAUACAAGGCGUAUUAUCACGAGGAUGACAAGUUUGGCCUAAGGUUAAGGCUUCAACUUAACAAUGUGAAAGCGAAGAUCCCUCUUUUUACGAAUGAGUUGUCGUAUAUAAAUUUUGCGCUUAUGAGGCCGAUUGUCGGGUACAUAAAUUCCCGACAGACGUUUGUGGCAAUAAAUUGUGAAGUAAUUAAAUCAAUGAAGGACUUCAACGGUUCAUGGACUAUUUAUGAUUCUCUAUUGAUGGAUGAUAUUUCUGAAAAAGUUUAUGAAGAAUUUGGUAAUUACGUUAUUGAUGAAGAGCAAAAGAGUAAAAGAGUUAAGAAGAUUGGAUUUUGGGCACUUCAGAUAAUGCUCCAGGUGUUCUUAUUUGGCUUGAGUAGUAUAGGUUGA